AUGCGUGAAAUCUUGCAUAUCCAAGGAGGCCAAUGCGGCAACCAGAUUGGCGCCAAGUUCUGGGAGGUCGUGUGCGCGGAGCACGGAAUUGAUUCCACCGGAAGGUACAGCGGCGACAAUGAUUUGCAACUCGAACGCGUGAACGUGUACUACAAUGAAGCUAGUUGCGGAAGGUUCGUCCCACGCGCCGUCCUCAUGGACCUCGAGCCUGGAACGAUGGACAGUGUCAGAUCGGGGCCGUACGGGCAGAUCUUCCGGCCGGAUAAUUUCGUUUUCGGGCAGUCGGGAGCCGGAAAUAACUGGGCAAAGGGGCAUUACACCGAGGGAGCAGAGCUCAUUGAUUCGGUUCUCGAUGUGGUGAGAAAAGAGGCUGAAAAUUGUGAUUGCCUCCAAGGUUUUCAAGUGUGCCACUCAUUGGGAGGUGGAACGGGAUCAGGAAUGGGAACUCUUCUCAUAUCUAAGAUUCGGGAAGAGUACCCAGAUCGCAUGAUGCUUACAUUCUCUGUUUUCCCAUCCCCUAAGGUGUCGGACACUGUUGUUGAGCCCUACAAUGCUACUCUAUCCGUCCACCAGCUUGUUGAGAAUGCUGACGAGUGUAUGGUUUUAGACAACGAAGCACUCUAUGACAUUUGCUUCCGAACCCUGAAACUCACAACCCCAAGCUUUGGAGACCUAAACCAUCUCAUUUCUGCUACCAUGAGUGGCGUAACUUGCUGCCUUCGCUUCCCGGGUCAACUCAACUCUGAUCUUCGUAAGCUUGCCGUCAACCUCAUUCCAUUCCCUCGGCUUCACUUCUUCAUGGCUGGGUUUGCUCCACUCACAUCUCGUGGGUCGCAGCAAUACCGAGCCCUCACUGUUCCUGAACUGACCCAACAAAUGUGGGAUGCAAAGAACAUGAUGUGUGCCGCUGAUCCUCGCCAUGGUCGUUAUUUGACAGCCUCAGCCAUGUUCCGCGGCAAGAUGAGUACUAAGGAGGUUGAUGAGCAAAUGAUUAAUGUACAAAACAAGAACUCGUCUUACUUUGUCGAAUGGAUCCCGAACAAUGUGAAGUCUACCGUUUGUGAUAUUCCUCCUACCGGUCUGAAGAUGGCUUCUACCUUCAUUGGAAACUCAACAUCAAUCCAAGAGAUGUUCCGGAGGGUGAGUGAGCAGUUCACAGCUAUGUUUCGUAGAAAGGCUUUCUUGCAUUGGUAUACUGGAGAAGGGAUGGAUGAGAUGGAGUUUACCGAGGCCGAGAGUAACAUGAACGAUUUAGUUUCCGAGUACCAGCAAUAUCAAGAUGCAACAGCAGACGAGGAAGGUUAUGAUUAUGAAGAUGAAGAGGAUGUCGAAGAGGAGGCCUAG